AUGGGCAGCCUGCAUUUUACAACGCCGUCCCGGGAGAAACUUCUCCAAGACAUGACCACUAGCGAAAAGAUAGCCUUGCUAUCAGGUGUUGACUUUUGGCAUACGGCUGGCAUCCCACACCUCAACCUCCCCAAACUUCGCAUGUCGGAUGGCCCAAAUGGCGUUCGGGGCACCAAGUUCUUUGACAGUGUUCCAGCUGCCUGCCUACCUUGCGGGACGGCCUUGGGUGCGACGUGGAGCAGGGAAUUGAUGAAGGAGGCGGGAGACUUGAUAGUUCGCGAGUGUCAUGCCAAGAGUGCUCAUGUUUGGCUCGGGCCUACGGUCAACAUCCAGAGAAGUCCCUUGGGAGGACGAGGAUUCGAGUCCUUCUCUGAAGACCCCCUUCUCAGCGGGAUCAUGGCCGGUGCCGUAAUCUCAAGUGUCCAGAAGGGCGGCAUCGCAUCAUCUCUGAAGCACUUUGUGGCGAAUGACAUGGAACACGAGCGAACUCUCGUAGACUGCCGCAUUAGUCAACGAGCACUGCGUGAAAUCUAUCUCCUCCCUUUUCAGCUGGCCAUCCGGGAUGCCAACCCCUGGGCCCUCAUGACGGCGUACAACAGGGUCAACGGCACCCACAUGUGCGAGAACGCCGAGAUACUCCAAGACAUCGUCAGAAGAGAGUGGAACUAUGAUGGUUGCAUACUUAGCGACUGGUUUGGAACGUACUCGACAGUCGAGGCCAUAAACGCCGGCUUAGACCUUGAGAUGCCAGGUCCAACUGAAUGGAGAGGCAAAAAGGUGUCGACUGCCAUGAGUGUGGGCAAGAUAAGCAACGACACAAUCAACCAGAGGGCAUCUUCUGUCUUGAAGCUUAUUGAGAGGUGCUCCAAGUCGGGGAUCCCAGAGUCGGGCCCCGAGAUUUGUCUUGACUCUGAGAGUGGCCGCGAUGUCUUGAGGAGGUUGGGAUCUGAAAGUAUAGUUCUUCUCAAAAAUGAGAGAAACAUUCUGCCUCUAGACAGCGCAAAGAGUCUGGCAGUCAUUGGGCCCAACCUGAAGAAACCCUUCUUCUGCGGCGGAGGAUCAGCAUCACUCCGCCCUUACCGCUCAGUAUCCAUCCUCGAGGGACUAAACGCCCAAUUAGAGAAGCCAGUUCAAUAUGCUGAAGCCUGGCGGAUCUACAACAUGCUGCCAGUUCUGGGGGAUCUAGUCCGGAGUCCAACGAGCGGGAAGCUCGGCCAUUUCUUGAUGAGCAUCUACAGCUCACCGCCAUUGGAGGACAAGCACACUCUGCUGGAAACAUUCGAACUUGAUGACACAAAUGUUGUCCUAUACGACUAUAGCAACGCUGCUACCCCUGACAACGUUCUCUUUGCUACCAUCGAAGCCGAUUUUGUGGUUGAGCAAGCCGAGACGUAUGCAUUUGGCCUCACGGUUGCCGGUACAGCCAAGUUAUACCUCGAUGAUAAUCUCAUCGUUGACAACGCAGAGAAGCAGAUUCGAGGAGAAAGCUUCUUUGGGUCGGGUAGUGUGGAAGAGAUUGGGUACACUGAACUUGAGGCUGGCAAAGUGUACCGUCUUAGAGUCGAUUUCGGCAGCGCUGCAACCUCCAACCUCAACAAAGCCGGAGCACCAGUCUUUGGAGCUGGCGGUGUACGCAUUGGUUGUGCCCCUUGCGUUGAUCAAGGAUCGGAUCUUGACAAGGCCGUGGAGCUGGCAAAGACAGUGGAUCAAGUUGUGCUCUCUGUUGGCUUGGGCCCUGAGUGGGAGUCUGAAGGUUCAGAUCGUACUGAACUUGGACUCCCUGGACGACAGGCCGAGUUGAUAUCAAGAGUAUGCGCCGUCAACGGAAACGUUGUCGUUGUCAUCCAAUCCGGCACUCCUGUCUCGGGACCAUGGAACGAGGUUCCUGCUGUGGUGCAGGCGUGGUAUGGCGGCAACGAGAGCGGCCACAGCAUCGCCGAUGUUCUCCUGGGCAAAACAAGUCCAUCUGGGAAGCUGCCACUUUCUUGGCCAAUGCAUAUCGAGGAUACGCCUGCUUUCCUCAGCUACAGAUCUGAGGCUGGAAGAUGCUACUACACCGAGGAUAUCCACGUUGGCUACCGUUUCUACGAAAAGACCAAACGACCUGUUCAAUGGCCGUUUGGACACGGUCUCUCGUAUGCUUCUUUCGAGCUGGAUCACUUGACAUUGACCAUGGAUGGAUCCGGCCUUGACAGUCAGUUACACAUCUCAGUCACUGUAACCAACACUUCCACCAUAGACGGCAGCGAGACCUGCCAGGCCUACGUGAAGCGGAUCAGCGAGUCAAAGGUCUCGCGACCCAUCAAAGAACUGAAGGGAUUCACCAAGGUCUUUGUUCCGGCUGGAGAGACAAAGUUGGCUUACAUCACCAUCCCUCUCAAGUAUGCCACGAGUAUCUGGGACGAGACGUCGGGGACUUGGUUGAUGGAGAGCGGGAGCUUUGAAGUGUUGGUUGGGAAUAGCAGCGCACUUACUCCGCUGUCAAGUCUUUUUCACGUGGCGACCUCUUUGGAGUGGAAAGGCAUAUGA